UUCCGACACAAUCCUCCUUGUUCUUCCCCUUUUAACUCCGAACAAAUCAAGCUUUUGGUUUCGUGGAUCAACUUUGUCAUACUCAACUCUAGAUUUCAAUCUCAGGAUCUUCCUUUACCAUCAUCUAUUGUAAAGUUUCGAUUUUUCCAAUCUCCAGCGACGGCAAAAUAGGGUUCAUGGAAGAUCAACCUAUUAACCAGUGUUCUAGUAGCAGCAAUGCAUCUGAGAAGUCUCCAGAAUCAACCCUUGAGCUUAACAUUAAGACGUUAGACUCACAGACGUAUACUUUCCAAGUGGACAAGAAUGAAACAGUUUCAGUUUUCAAGGAGAAGAUAGCUAGUGAGACAGGGGUGCCUGUUGGUCAGCAGCGGCUCAUUUUCCGAGGAAGGGUUUUGAAAGAUGAUCAUCCUCUCUCGGAGUAUCAUUUGGAAAAUGGACAUACUUUACACUUGGUUGUGAGGCAGCCAGCAGAAUCAGUUCCUUCAUCUGGUACACCUUCUGAAGGGGCAGCUCCAAAUGAUGGAAAUAGUACAAAUGGUGGACAAUCUCGAAAUGGAAGACAUGUCUCCCACAGCGUAAUGGUUGGGAGCUUUAAUGUUGGAGAUCAGACUGAAGGCAUGGUUCCAGAUCUCAGCCGGGUAAUUGGAGCAGUUCUUAAUUCUUUUGGUGUUGGUGGACAGCAUCCUAUAAAUAACAGUACUAAUGGCACACAAUCCUCUAUGCCCUCGAAUCUGUCGUCUCAUGCUCCUCCUGGAAAUACAUCUGAUGGAGCGCCUGGCGUCGGUGGUCAAAACCAAGCUGCGGGUCAUUCACAUCCUAGGCAAGCAUUUCCUGGUGUAUCAUUUCAAACUUCGAUGCCUCAUGUUGUUCAGAUUCCGGUUACAGCAGCUACAGCAAUUCCUAUUCCUUCAUUUCUAACGCCUAUUCCGGAUUCGUUAGAGACUCUAAUGGAGUUCAUUAAUCAGAUGGAGCAGGCAUUAUCACGAAAUGGCUAUCAUGCAGAUACCUCUUCUGCUACAUCCAGAGGCCAGCCAAGGGAAGAGUUGCCUAGAAAUCGAAGAGGUGCAUCAACACCCGAAGCACUUGCUAUUGUCUUAAGGAAUGCACAGCAUUUACUGAGUGGUUUAGGUGUCUCUUCUUUAUCGCAUAUUGCCAGACGCUUAGAGCAAGAUGGGACCUCUUCAGAUCCUACUAUCAGGGCACAAAUCCAGACAGAGGCUGUACAAGUAGGCCUUGCCAUGCAGCAUUUUGGGGCCCUCCUAUUGGAGCUUGGACGGACAAUUUUGACAUUGAGAAUGGCACAGUCUCCGGAAUUAUCCUAUGUGAAUGCUGGCCCUGCUGUUUAUAUAUCUCCAUCAGGACCGAAUCCUAUUAUGGCUCAGCCUUUUCCUCACCAAACCAGCUCUCUCUUUACUGGUGCUGCUGUCGCAUCGAAUCCAGUAAGCGGACCAGUUGGUUUAGGAACUCCCCAAAGGCAUAUUAACAUUCACAUACACGCUGGCACAUCAGGUUCACCUAUGAUGUCAUCAGUUGGGAACCAGCAAAGCAAUGGAGGAGGGCAAGGAGACGGUGACAACAAUACUCAUUCAGUUCGGGCUCUCCCAGUGAGAAACAUCAUUGCUACUGCUGUUCCAUCAGGCUCUACCGGUGAGAAUGCUUCCGCCGGGGUUCAACCUGGUUUGGAUGAAUCUGUUGCACAAAUCAAUGCAAGAAUUAGAGAAUUGGUAAACAAUAUGCAAGGAAGAAACCAGAUUCCGUCAGGAACAGAAGCUCCUGAGCAGUCUACGGGCCAUGGAGUUACCGGUGCUAUUCCUGAGCAGCCUACCAACAUUGCAGCUUCUUGCACACCUGAGUCUUCAAGUGGCUCGCUGCAUGACUUACCAUCUGAAAGCAGCAACUCGGUGAGUAAAAAAGAACUUGGUGAAGAUUUAGGGCAUCCAGUCCUUGCAAAAGAUAUCUCUUCUACUACAGGACAAUCUUCAGCUCCGUCUGGAGAAUCCACAAGCAAGGGGGAAGAUACUACCAGUGAUGCUAAAGAAGCCAAGAAGGCUACUCCAGAGGCUUCUACAGCUACGCCACUUGGAUUGGGGCUUGGCGGUUUAGACCGUAAGAAACGAAGCAAGCAGCCUAAGGUAUUAGGUAAGAAUGAAGAUAGUGGGACUUCAGCUACACUUGAAGGUGUGCAACAGAGCAGUGGGAGUAGUGGUCAGCAGCUUUUGCAUUCACUCUUUUCUGGUAGUUCUCGUUCAGAUGAGACUGGUCUGAGACUUGGGCAAGGUUCAGAUAAUCAGCUAGAUGUCUCAAGUGCAAUGACUCAGGUCUUGGAGAGCCCUGUAUUGGAUGGAUUGCUAGCAGGGGUAUCUCGACAAGCUGGUGUUGAUUCGCCAAAUAUGCUGAGAAAUAUGCUCCAGCAAUUUACUCAGAACCCACAGAUCAUGAACACAGUCCAACAAAUUGCUCAACAGGUGGAUGGGCAAGAGAUAGAAAAUAUGAUGUCAGGCGGAGCUCAAGGGGAGGGUGGCGGCUUUGAUUUUUCUAGAAUGGUCCAACAAAUGAUGCCUUUAGUCUCACGUGCUUUCAGCCAAGGAGGGCCAUCGCCUCAACCCGCAACACAGCAGCCUGAUGAUCUUCAACCUUUACAGGUAAAUGUUCAAUCCAUGGCGCAGAUGAUUGAGCACUCUGAUCCACCAGAGGAUGUCUUCCGUGCUAUGGUCGAAAAUGCCGCUGUGAGCCAAGACGACCUUGUGAACGAGCUUUGCUGUGAUGAAGUUCUUUCUCAAGAAUAUGCGGAGUUACUAAGGCGUGAUAUUGAAGGCCGGCUAAAAGAUGAUUAAAGUCCAUAAACAAGUUACUUGGCAGAAUUGGUUCCAUAAGUUUCAGAUGUUUAAAGUAUCUUUUCUUUAUUUACUGAGAUCCCUCACUUUGUAUUAAAAACUGAGAUGGUCUAUUCUGCUGAACAUAAGCAACCGUAAUUUAUCAGGUCUCUUAAUGGCCGAUUCAGUUUGAUAUUUCCAUCUUUAUCUA